AUGAGAGCCAGGAUGAGAGUGUUGCUGUUGUUCCUGGCAGCGACUGUCUUUGUGUCAAAUGCUCAAACCAACAACAGCAGCAACGACAACAAGCAGCCACAGCAGCCACAGCAGCAUGAUGAGCCCAUCAAAUUCAUCACCAAGACCAAAGACUCCUGUACCAUGGUGAUGUCUGGACUCGGGGACUAUACUCGCCUGCGUGUCUCCUGCAAAGGUCCGAGCCAGGGCCAGACCCCGGGACGCUCCUACUACUGCGACUUCCAGGGCAAACCCAACCUAUGCCGUGCCUACAACCUCAACACUCGCCACUACUUCACUCAGAUAAUGUGGGACAUGAGGAAGCUGAGCCACGCCUGCCAGGGACCCAAAAUCUACCGCCCACAGAUGUGUAAGAAGUUCCCAGAUGAGGUCCAGAUGACCUUCCUGGCCUCUUGGCCCAAGACCACCACCCUCAAGCCCUCCAAGCCCAUCCAGGAGCGUAAAACGGUGGUGCCUGCCCAGACCAAGCCUGCCCCUACUCUCAAACCUGUCAAGCCCCAGCCGCAGCCCGCCAAGCCCCAGCCAGGCAAGGGCCCCCAGAAGAAAACCACCCCUAAGCCUGGGAAGACCACAACUCGGCCCACAGAGCAGCCUGAAUCCAAAGCUUCCCGCAUUGCCUCCGAGUACUGCUGGAAGAGCUUCCAAGGUGUCUGCACCUACUUUAUCAGCUGGUUCCAAAACUGA